AUGGUUUCUCGCACCAGCUUCAUCGAUACCCACCAGAAUCAGCAGAGCAACGGGACCACCAGAUGGCAGUCAACGGCCACCCAGCAGAAUCAUCAAGUUCAUCUUGUCCGCAAAUCUGCCGCACGCAAGACCGCCUUCGUCGAGAACCCAGUCACCUCGGCUGGGAUGAAUAAAUUCACACCGGUCCAGAUCGAAGAGUUCGAAACCACGAUCCGGUAUUGA